GUGGUGUGGUGGUGGUGGUGGUGGUUGAGAAGAUGGGGGACUCUGGUGAGCGGGCCCCGCUGCUCCACUACCGCCUGCUCAGCGUCGCCGAGGCCGCGCCGCCCCGCGCCGAGCCCAGCAGGAAGCUGAACACCUUCUUCGGGGUCGUGGUGCCCACGCUGCUGUCCAUGUUCAGCGUGGUGCUCUACCUGCGCAUCGGGUUCGUGGUGGGCCAGGCCGGGCUGCUGGAGAGCCUGCUCAUGUUCGCGGUUGCGUACGUGAUCAUCGGCCUCACCGUGCUGUCCGUCUGCGCCAUCUCCACCAACGGCGCCGUGCAGGGUGGAGGCGUCUACUUCAUGAUCAGCAGGGCGCUGGGCCCGGAGUUUGGAGGCAGCAUCGGGGUGAUGUUCUUCCUGGCCAACGUGUGCUCCAGCGCCGUCUUCUUGCUCGGCCUCACUGAGGCCAUCAUGGACUCGUUUCGGAAAAGGCCCGACUUCCCACACGGCCUGCCGGACGCAUACAUCUGGGUGGUGCUCUACGCCUCGUGCCUCCUGCUCAUCUGCCUCGUCGUCGUGUUGGUCGGUGCCGACAUCUACUCCAAGGCAGCUUUCAUCAUCUUCCUGUGCGUCAUACUCGUGCUGCUCACCGUCUUCAUCUCCUUCUUCGCCGUGCGGAACCGGCACAUCGUCGUCAAGCAUGGCAACGUCACCUUGAACCUCAACUACAGCGGCCCCAGCCUCGGCACGCUCCACGACAACCUCAAGGAACAUUACACUCAAGAUUACACAACGGGUGUUACGAUGAAUUUUGCUUCUGUUUUUGCCAUCAUGUUCAACGGCUGCACGGGCAUAAUGGCUGGCUCCAACAUGUCCGGGGACCUGAAGGACCCGAGCUACGCAAUCCCGCGCGGCACCAUCGCUGCCGUGGUGUUCACGUUCUGCGUGUACGUGCUGCUCUGCUUCAUGGUCAGCUGCUCCUGCCCCAGGGAUUUGCUGCUCUACAACUACGUCUUCAUGAGAGACAUCAACGUGUGGGGCCCCUUCGUCACCAUCGGCAUUUACGCCGCGUCGCUCUCCGCCGCCAUGAGCUGCCUCAUCGGUGCCUCGCGAGUGCUGCACGCCGUCGCACUUGACGACAUCUUCGGCGUUCUGCUGAAGGUGGUGAAGCGGACGUCAUGCUCUGGGAACCCCUGGGUGGCCGUGCUCGUCUCCUGGUUCCUCGUGCAGCUGGUGCUGUUUGCGGGGCAGCUGAACACCAUCGCAGGCAUCGUGACCGUAUUCUUCCUGAUCGCGUACGCCACCGUGGACCUCGCGUGCCUGGCCAUGGAGUGGGCCUCCGCCCCCAACUUCAGACCGACGUUCCAGUUCUUCUCAUGGCACACCUGCCUGCUGGGCAUGGUGGGCUGCCUCAUCAUGAUGUUCAUCAUCAGCCCCAUCUACGCGUCGGCCAGCAUCGCCGUUAUGCUGCUGCUGCUCGUCUUCAUCCACUACCGUUCGCCCUCCAGCAGCUGGGGAUACAUCAGCCAGGCACUCAUCUUCCACCAGGUUCGCAAGUACCUCCUGCUGCUCGACAUCCGUAAAGACCACGUCAAGUUCUGGAGGCCACAGAUCCUGCUCAUGGUCGCCAAUCCCCGCUCCAGCUGCCACCUCAUCCACUUUGUCAACGAUAUCAAGAAAGGCGGCCUCUACAUCUUGGGGCACGUGGAGGUCGGGGACCUGGACUCGAUCCCGUACGACCCCCUGGAGAGCCAGGUGAACUACUGGCUCAGCCUGGUGGACAAGCUCAACGUGAAGGCGUUCGUGGACAUCACGCUGUCACCCACCGUGCGCCAGGGCGUGCAGAACCUGCUGCGCAUCGCCGGCCUGGGGGGCAUGAAACCCAACACGCUCUUCCUGGGCUUCUACGACGACUGCGUCCCCGACGACUACUUCCUGAGCGAGCCGGCAUUUGCGGCACCGCACGGCCCGAGCCGCGAGCGCGACGACCCCGAUCACUUUGGGGUGGACACCUCCUCGCUGCUGGCCCACUUCCCUCCCGUGCACGCCCUGGAGUCGCCCAAGGCGCUUUCGGUACGCGAGUACGUGGCCGUGGUGUCGGACGCCAUCAAGAUGAAGAAGAACGUCUGCCUCUCGCGCUACUUCCACGAGCUGGACAUGGCGCUGGUGCGCGGCAAGCGCAGAGGGGCGCCCUCCGUCUCCAUCGAUGUGUGGCCCCUCAACCUGCUGCGGCCCGACUCGGCCUACUACGUGGACGUCUGCAGCCUCUUCCUGCUGCAGAUGGCCUGCAUCCUCAACAUGGUGUCCUCGUGGCGCCACGCCAAGCUGCGCAUCUUCCUGUGCGUCGAGUCGUCUCCCUCCGGAGGCAUGUGCGAGUCGAGCGACGAGGCGCGCUGGAGGAACAAGGAGGAGAAGCUGCGGGAGCUACUGUCCCAGCUGCGCAUCAAGGCCUCCAUCCACACCGUGCACUGGGAUCAGGUGGUGGCGCUGCACUGGAGCCGCCAGCCGGGAGGGGGGGGCUCGCACGACCACCUGGACGACGAUGGCGACGUCGCGAUGAGCGACAUCGGAGGCUUCCGUGGCGCCGACGGAUUCCCAGUGAGAGAGCGAGAGGGCGCCGAUCGGGUGAGGAAACGGCCUCUGAAGAGGGACGAGAGGCUGGAAGAGGAGGAGGACGACGGCAGCGGCGGUUCGAGCGAGGAGGAUCAUCCCAGGAGCUCGUCGAAUGCGACGCUUAACUGGAUGGCGAUGUCCGAUGAGUAUCUGCGUGCGGUGAACCGCCUGGUGCUGGGCCAGGAGCUCGUCGAGCAGACGGGCGCAGCCGAGGGGCGGCAGUGCGCCGUCCGCUUCCUCUACUUGCCCAGGCCGCCCGCCGACCCGGCCGGCUACGAGCGCUACCUGCGCCAGCUCGAGACCAUCACCGACGGGCUGGGGCCCACGCUGCUCAUCCACGGCGUGUCGCAGGUCACCAGCCUCGACAUGUGAGUUGUCGGGGCCCGCGGCGCCCGGGGUCUUGGCCAUUUCGAGUCGCCAGGUCCGCCGUGGAACGGAGACUCGCGAGUCUCUCCGCGAACGUCACGCGUGAGAUUGCGCGGACCCUCGCGUGCCGGAGACCUGCCUACGGGAGACCUG